AUGUCUUCGGUAGCCCAGAAACUCUGCGAAAAGAUAUAUGAAGAAACGUCGACAAGAUCAUUCAAACAUGGCAUAAAGAGUAAUACUCCCAAUAGCGUCAGUUUUAUAUCGUCUUCUACGAGCAAUAGGUAUAAAGGUAGGCCUACAAAUUCAAUAAUUGUCGAAAAAAAGAGAGAAAUCAAUAAAGUGCUACCGAAAACAAACGCUUAUAGAAACAAAAUAGUAAUUAACAAGUUUAAAUCCAAAGAAACAUUACUUAAAAAAAAGUUCGUGGAUGUAUCAUCGAACACUAUCAAAACCGGACCUUUAAAAUGUGAUAAUGACUGUGUGACUAUAGUUAGAAGAAGAGACAGCAAAUGCACUUGUGGACAAAAGCGAAAUAAGUUUCUGUUUUCCACCAAGGAUACUCAAACUCUAAAUUUUAAGCAUCAUCCGACAUUGGAUAAAGCUUCAGCACGAUGUGUCAGUAUGAUAAAUUGCGCUGUUCAGGAGGAGAACAAACAUUCUAUGAACAAAAUUAGUAAAGCUAAACUCGUUUAUGAUGUAGAUGUCCAAACGAGCUUCAACAAAAAUUCAAUGAAAAGACAAAUGCAGGAUAAAUCUGCAGGUGCUCCUAUAAAAACAAAUACCAAUAACAUGGUUGUUAGAAGAUGGGCUAUAAGUAAAGGGCCUGCAAGAGGACCAGAUUUUUAA